ACGGGGCGUGAUCAGAACCUUAAUUUGCCCACAGUCUCUAUAAGUACCGAGUCGCUGCCGGUUAUCCCGGGUGCUGCUAGUGGUAUGCGUUCCCGGAAAGCUGUGUAGCUUGUUUGCGGUUAUGCCUGAGCCGGCGAAAUCCGCUCCCGCGCCCAAAAAGGGCUCUAAGAAAGCCGUCGCCAAAGCCCAGAAAAAGGACGGCAAGAAGCGCAAGCGCAGCCGCAAGGAGAGCUAUUCCAUCUACGUGUACAAGGUGUUGAAACAGGUGCACCCGGACACCGGCAUCUCGUCCAAAGCCAUGGGCAUCAUGAACUCAUUUGUCAACGACAUUUUCGAGCGCAUCGCGGGCGAAGCGUCGCGCUUGGCGCAUUACAACAAGCGCUCGACCAUCACGUCCCGGGAGAUCCAGACGGCCGUGCGCCUGCUGCUGCCCGGCGAGCUGGCCAAGCACGCCGUGUCCGAGGGCACCAAGGCGGUCACCAAGUACACCAGCUCCAAGUGAGUCCUUGUCGGGACUCGGCGCUCGCACGAGUUGCCAAGCUACUUGACCGUUCUAAAGGUUCUUUUCAGAGCCACCCACCUUCUCAGUGGAAGAAGCUGUUAUCUUUUUACUUUGUUUUUGUUGUCUGUUAUGGUACUUUUUUGUACCGCCGAUUUUUUUUUCUAGUAAGAACUGUCCUUUCCCUUAGGAUGAAGAGGAAAAACUCCAAGAAAGGACCAAGUUUUGUCAAUUAGUCUAGAACUAGCUAGAGUAACUGUUCACUCAUGCAAGUAACUUACCUUUUCCAGUAAAACCGUGAGAGAUGGAUGGUCAGUGUAAAUCUAUUCAGGAGGAUAGGGAGGGAGGGUGGAAAGUUAAGCAUUAGUUGCUUUACAGCAGAUAGAGUGGGUCAACUCAAGUCCAUUUUUCUUGAGCUCAAAAACCAAAUUUAAUGUUACUUUAAAAGCAAUAUUUUGAUACCAUGCCCCAGCAUGAAUAGAAAACUUACAGUGCACCUGGUUAUCUCGAUUCCAUUUGUCCACUGAAAAAUGCACAACCUGCGUUAAGAAUUGUGUUUUAUUCAAUAACUUGUUGUGGACCUAAGCCAAGUAGAUGGACUUCCCUUGUGGUUUAGAUGGGAAAGAAUCUGCCUACAGUGCAGGAGACCUGUGUUUGAUCCCUGGGUUAGGAAGAUAUCCUGGAGAAGAGAAUGGCUACCCACUCCAGUAUUUCUUGCAGAAUUCUAUGGACAGAGGAGGCUAGCAGACUACAGCCCAUGGUGUGGCAAAGGCUCAGACAUAACUGAGUGGUGACUGACACUUCUAAGCCCAGGAGACAGCCUUUCAAAUAGCACUGAGGGGCUGUUUUGAGAAGGUAAGGGAGGAACCAGAAUAUAUAGCAGUUUUGCAAAAACAAACCAGACAGUUGAAUAUUCAUCAAAAGAUUUCUGCUAAAGAAGAAAUCUCAAUGAAUUUAGCACUUCUUUAUUUUGUGUAUGGAAAAUUGAAAGAGCAGGCUGACUGAGAUCAUUCCUUGAUACACAUUUUAACUAUCUAGGACCCGUAUCCUGUUUUUCUCCAUCCUGAAUCCCAGGAUGACUAGAGUGGCUGCAGUGGCUGAUGGCUUGAUGGCCAUAUCCUUUGAUUACAGAUAUGGCAGGUGACAUUUUUCAUCCACACAUAAUUAAAGUAAUUUUUAAUCUA